ACGGCGAUCCGUGUGUGAUGCUGCUGACACACACUGAUGACAGAGGAUCUGUUGUCUGUUAAUGGCACACACAAUAGGCCUUUUCCUUUCCGAAAAUAAUUCGGAAGACUGGCGUAUGCUACACCAUGUCCUUUAACUAAGGAAUGCAACCCUCAACGUUUGUUUAGGUGUAGACGUCACAACGCACACUCAAACGCACGCGCUCCUUUCACGUAAGCUCGCGGAUAUUUAGAGGAAUAAAGACUGAAGGAAUGAAACUGACCGGAGUCCACAGCGUUCCUUGGGACCAUGAGAGGUUUGCAGAGGGGAGUUAAAGAAUGCAAGCCUCACAGUGACCAGUGUUGGCGGGAUCCCUGAACUGUCACCAUGAAAGCAGGGAAUUCAAGAUGUGCUUUCUUCCUGGGCUUCCUGGUGGGCAGCUGCUCCAUGUACAUCUUUUUGAGACAGGUGUGGUUUGAGAAGAGCUACAGCUGGAAGCGUGAUGGCAAGAGCAACCCUGCUCCACUGGGACCAGAACAAAACACCCCCAACCUUACCUGGAGAGUGGAAGGAUCUGUCCUAAUCAACCUCAAACAUCCUCACCAGCCAGGAGAGGAUGGUCACAUCGCAGAUGAGCUGUUUAAGAAAGUGCGAAUCCUGUGCUGGGUGAUGACAGGGCCUAGUAAUCUACAGUCAAAGGCUCGGCAUGUGAAGGCAACGUGGAGUCGUCACUGUAACGUAGUGCUGUUCAUGAGCUCUGAGGAAGACCACAGCUUCCCCACAGUGGGUCUCGGCACAGGAGAAGGCCGUGACCAGCUGUACUGGAAGACUAUUCGUGCCUUCCAUUAUGCUCUGAAGAACCAUGGCGAUGAGGCAGACUGGUUCCUCAAAACUGACGAUGACACGUUCGUCGUUGUGGACAACUUGCGCUGGAUCUUGUCGAACUACACAGCAGAGCAGCCUAUAUACUUUGGAAAGAGAUUCAAGCCGUAUGCCAAGCAGGGCUACAUGAGCGGUGGUGCAGGUUAUGUGCUCAGCAAAGAGGCCCUAAGGAGGUUUGUGGAGGGUUUUAGCACUAAAGUGUGCACUCAUACCACCUCAGUGGAGGAUCUAGCGAUGGGUCAGUGUCUGGAGAAAAUGGGGGUGGUAGCAGGGGACUCCAGGGACACACUGCACCGCGAAACCUUCCAUCCUUUCAUUCCUGAGCACCAUCUUACAGGAAAGUUCUCUAAAACCUUUUGGUACUGGAACUACUGCUUCUACCCAAUUGUAGAAGGCCCACAGUGCUGCUCUGACCUAGCUGUGUCUUUCCACUAUGUAGACCCUGUGCUAAUGUACACUCUUGAGUACUACACUUACCGUCUCAGGCCUUAUGGCUACCAACACCGCUACCAGCCUCCAGGGCCUGCUGUACUGUCUUUAGCGUCACACACUGGGAAACCCACCACAGAAGCUCUGAGAUUAGAGGAGCGCGUUAAAGAAAAAUCACUUCCAACAUACACCAAGAAUCCCAGAGCUGAGAAAGUGAAGACUACUGGAACAACAAGUCACAAAGUCACAAACGCUGACCAGGGGAGAAACAUAACCGACAGAAGCACUGCAUGAUUGUGAAUAUGAUUGCCUCUUCUUUUGUAAAUCCAAAAUGAACGCAUGACAGAUGUGAACUGUGAACUUGUGUAGCAUUUUGAAUUAUCCAGACUGUGUACUGUGCAAAUGGAGUGGUCAAGUGGUUACAGAAGUUCAAACUUUAACACAGAACAAAUUUGGUCAUUAUUGCUGUUGAUCAAGUAACUUGACUGGUUGCGCCUAGGGGUGUAACGGUUCACAAAAUUCACGGUUCGGUUCGAUACGAUACACUGAUGUCACGGUUCGGUUCGGUUCGGUUCGAUACGUUUUAGA